GCGGGGCCGCGUGGUACCGGCCGCUGCCUGGCGCGGGUCGGCAGUGCGGUGGUUGCGGCGGUUCGGAUCCUGAUGGCGGCGAGCGGCGAUGCCAGCGGGCCCGGGGCGCCCGAGCGGCCCUACGAGCUCGUGGUGUUCGGAGCUUCGGGCUUCACCGGCCAGUUCGUGGUGGAGGAGGUGGCCCGGUCGGCGGCCAGCGGGGAACUGCGCGGCCCCCUGCGCUGGGCCGUAGCCGGGCGGAGUCGGGAGAAGCUGCAGGCGGUGCUGGAGCGAGCGGCCGAGAGGCUGGGGAAGGCGGCGGUCGGGGCGGAGGUCGGCGUGCUGCUCUGCGAUGUGGGCGACGCGGCCUCGCUGGCCGCCAUGGCGAGGCAGACCCGGCUGGUGCUCAACUGCGUGGGCCCGUAUAGGUUCUUUGGAGAGCCUGUGGUUGAAGCUUGUGUUGAAAAUGGUGCAAGCUGCAUUGACAUCAGUGGAGAACCUCAGUUUCUGGAAGGAAUGUACCUGAAAUACAACACAAAAGCUGCAGAAAAGGGAGUAUAUGUCAUCGGAAGCUGUGGCUUUGACUCUAUACCAGCUGAUAUGGGAGUGCUGUACACCAGAGACAAGCUGAAAGGUACCUUAACUGGUGUCGAAAGUUUCCUGAAAGUGAAAUCUGGACCUGAGGGUACUUGUGUACAUGAUGGGACCUGGAAGUCAGCUGUUUAUGGCCUUGCGGAUCAAGACAACCUGAGAAAGCUGCGAAAAAGUAUAGGAUAUGCCCCUGUUCCAGUCAUUGGUGCAAAGCUUAAAAAAAGAGGAUUUGUGUUUUACAACAAGGAAUUCAAAGAAUACUCCAUUCCAUUCAUGGGAUCUGAUGUUUCUGUUGUGAAACGGUCUCAACGGUAUUUGCACACAGAGCUGAAGGAAACACCAGUGCAAUACAGUGCUUAUGCGAACGUAGGUGGUCUUGGCUCUGUUAUCAAGCUGAUGUUUGCUGGCCUUCUGUUUCUUCUUAUGGUCAAGUUUAACUUUGGAAGAAAACUCCUGACAAAAUACCCAGAAUUUUUCUCUGCUGGAGUCUUCACAAAGAAAGGACCAACCCAGAAACAGAUGGAUGGAACCUCCUUUACAAUGACAUUUUUUGGUGAGGGUUACAGCGAGGGGCAAGAUCCCCAGAAUGGCAAACCAAAUGUAAAGAUCUGCACUGAAGUGAAGGGACCAGAGCCUGGCUAUGUUGCCACUCCAAUUGCAAUGGUUCAAGCAGCUGUGUCUCUUCUGGAAGAUGCAGCUUGUCUGCCUAAACAGGGUGGUGUGUAUUCUCCAGGAGCUGCCUUCUCCAAAACAAAACUGAUUGAUCGCCUCAACAAACGUGGUGUUGAGUUCUCUGUUAUUAGCAAGCCUGAAAUCUGAAGUCAAAACAUAACUGUAUAAACUAACACCUUUCCUGGGUCUAACUCCAAUAAAAUUCAUGUGGCUGUAAAAGCCUAAUCAUAAAGUAGUUUCACUGUGCUAUUGUUUACAGCAAAAACAGAAGAAAAACUGAGUUAAAAAUUAUAAAUACUGUUUGCAUGAGUGAGCAAACCCAUGAAGGGUACUGAGUUUUAAUUCACAACCACAUUAAAGCAGUGACUUAACAGG